AUGGUGAGGGCUGAUGCAUCUGUCAACGUCAAUGUGCUCCAAAAUGCCACGGCCGCCCACUUUGGAUUCAGGCCGACGUACAGAAGGGUCUGGAUGGCGAAGCAGAAGGCUGUUGCCAUCAUCUAUGGUGACUGGGAUGAGUCGUACAACGAGCUCCCUAGGUGGGUGUUAGGAAUCCAGUUGACCAUGCCUGGAUCAGUAGCAGUCCUUCGGACAUGCCCUGUUCGAGUUGGGGGACAGCUCGACGAGUCUCAAGCUUAUUUUCACAGGCUGUUUUGGACGUUCCCACCUUGUAUCGAGGCAUUCCGUCAUUGUAAGCCGUUGGUGAGUAUUGACGAAACCCAUCUAUACGGCAAGUAUGGGGGAACGUUGCUUGUCGCAAUUGCACAGGAUGGGAACUCCAACAUACUGCCCGUGGCAUUCGCACUUGUCGAGGGUGAGAAUGCUGAGUCGUGGUCCUUCUUUAUGUCUCACCUCCGUCAGCACGUGACACCGCAGCCAGCUAAUUUCGCCCUCACCUUCAAGGGUAAAGAUGCUCGUAGGCUUCUUGUGAACGCUGCAUAUGCCAAGACCGAAGUGGAGUUCGAUUACUGGUUUGACAUUCUGCACUCUGAGAACCCGGCGAUGUGUGAGUGGGCGAACAGGAUUGAGUAUUCGUUGUGGAUGCAGUAUUGUGACGAUGGUCGCAGAUUCGGGCACAUGACGACCAAUAUCUCUGAGUGUGUGAAUACAAUCCUGAAGGGUGUCAGGAACCUCCCUGUGUGCUCGCUGGUGAAGGCCACAUACGGCAGGUUGGCUGAACUAUUCGUCCGCAAGGGGAGGGAGGCACAGGCCCAGCUGGGUACUGGACAACAAUUCAGUCAAUACCUGGUAAAGUGUAUCGAGGCAAAUCUAAAAAUGGCGAGGUGCUUCACGGUGACUGUAUACGACAGAGAUAACUCGGAGUACACCGUGGCAGAGACGACUCCGGCUGGUUCGUUCUCACUGGGAAGCUACAGGGUUUCACUAGGUUCUCAUACAUGUGAUUGUGGAUACUUCCAGGCACUUCAUUUCCCAUGUCCGCACGCAUUGGCAUGCUGUGCCUACUCACGUGUUACUUGGCAGCCAUACGUCCACCCGGUGUAUCGACUUAGUUAUGUUUUCAGUGUAUAUCAGAUGGGGUUCACUCCUCCCAUUCCGGAGGGAUUCUGGCCACCUUAUGACGGGCCGACCGUCAUACCGGACCCGAGUAUGAGGCGUCCGAGGGAGGGUCGUCCACGGUCCACUCGAAUACGGACCAAUAUGGAUGAGACAGAUCCGAACCGGCCCAAAAGAUGUGGCCUUUGUAGGCAACCCGGACACACUCGUCGGAGUUGUCCAUAG